CUUUGGGAGACUGUAGGAAUUCUCAGUCAUCAACUCUAUAACUCUUCACUUUCCCAGAAUUGAUUAUAAAGAGUUUUGCUUUGCCUGCUAUAAAUCUAGGGUUUAAGGUUCCAAUUAGCUACUUGAUCAAAUCAGGGUUUUUUUCUUUUUGGGUUUAGAGAAUCGAAAAUGGCGACAGAAUCAUCGGAGGGAGAAGAGGAAGGGAAGCUGACGGUAGGGAACCAAGUGCUAAUGGUGGAAGACGACCUCCGAGAAAUGGGCAAGAACGCCGCCUGGAGCGUCAGCUCUUGGAAGUCUGGCAACGGCGUGUCGUAUCUCCUCGACGACAAUCUCGACACUUACUGGCAAUCGGACGGCGCUCAACCUCACUCGGUCAACAUUCAGUUCCAGAAGAAAGUCAAGCUCCAACUUGUUGUUCUCUACGUGGAUUUCAAGCUUGAUGAGAGCUAUACGCCAUCGAAGAUAUCGAUUCGUGCUGGGGAUGGCUUCCACAACUUGAAGGACAUAAAAACCGUUGAGCUCGAUAAGCCGAGGGGUUGGGUUCAUAUAUCUCUGUCUGGAAAUGAUGCAAGGGAAACUUUUGUCAACACAUUUAUGCUGCAAAUCUCUGUGUUAUCAAAUCACCUUAAUGGGAGGGACACGCAUGUGCGCCAGAUCAAACUAUAUGGCCCUAGACCGAACCCUAUUCCACAUCAGCCAUUUCAGUUUACUUCAAGGAAGUUCAUUACCUAUGCUUCUAUCAGAUGAGAAAUGUGGCCCGGCAUAGUAAGAGAUGGAAAGAUUGGACCUUGAGUUGCAACUUAGAGUCCUAUUCCAGCCUAAACACUCUGAAAUAUUUUUGCAUCAUGAUGUUAUUUGGUAUAUUAAUUGAAUGAUUUCAAGUAUCAUCUGAGCUCUUUAAACAA